AUAGAUUGAUUUCAUUGAUAUGAAGCGAAAACACGAAUCCCCAGGUGCCGGCCCGCCGGUCAAACGGGUCAGAGAGGUUUCGGCGGCCGGUAACGGAGAACACACCCGGAGUUCCCCGAAAACAAAAUCUGUGUCCGUCUCUAACGAUUCAGGUUUAAGUAUGACUCCAAACGGUUCUAAAAGCAAUUCAUCCUUGAACUCCACAAUAUCUUCUCCAACUGUUGUCACAUCUAAAUCUAGUAAUGGGUCUGCAGUAAAAAAGUCCACUUCCAACAAUAAAAGUACUCCAACACCAACUCCCCAAAGCACCCCUGCUGGUAAAGAAACUUUAGCUCCCAAAAAGACACCUAUUACCAAGAGUACUCCAAUGUUGAAUAUUGAUCCUAAUUCUCCGGUCUUUAAAGGUAAUCAAACUUCCAAAGGCAAGGGGAUUCCUAUCUCUAAAAGUACUUCAGCCUCCAAAGGUGUGAAAGGGACUCCUAUCCCAACGAGCACCCCAGCUUCCAAAGGUUUGAAAGGGACUCCGUUCUCUAAAAGUACUCCAGCUACAAACGGCUUAAAAGUUACUCCUGCCUUUAAAGGUGCUACAUCUGCCAAAAACACUCCUGGAAUCAGAAUCACUCCCGGCUCUAAAAGUACUCCUGUUCCUAAAUCCAAACCGACUCCAAUGAAUCGAAAAUUAAGUCUGGGUGCCUCGAGUAUGCCUAGAAACUCGCUAAUCAAAGGGAUUCUUAAAGGUGAUAAUUCCUCACUUGAGACCCCUGGAUCCUCAACUAGAAAUGUCAGUUUCGGUCCCCACGAUAGUAUGAAAAUAACUGGUAUUCUGGAGAAGAUUAAAUCUAAGACUGAUACUCAGGCGGAACUAAAUGACCUCCUGGCGUACACAGUAAGAAACACCGGGAAAAGUUUAAUAAUGUGUCUUGAGGAAAUAACUCCAUACUUGAGAUAUAUGGACAAAAAUCAUUCCUCCUUGAUAGCUCAGAUAAUCAAAAUGCGAUGGGCAGACCAGUCUGAGGAUGUCGCUCACAGUUUCCAGAAGUUUUUGUUUUCUCUUCUCAGCUUUCAUCCGUUCUUUGCCAAAACUAUUCUCAGGACUGUUCUGCGCCUGUUCAUGCCGCAAACUUUAGACGACUCAACUAUUCCCAGUUCACCGCUGAUUAAUAAAAACGUUCAUUCGUUUCUCAAAAAAUAUUUGAAAAAGUUUGGACGUGAGAAAAGUGAAAUGAUGAAACAAGUUGUUGAACAUUUCCCAUACUUUAAACAUUCAGCGGAAAAACUGAUAUCUUAUCUACGUGGUGUGCUUGAGAUGUAUCGAUAUAUCUCUGAUACCAGGCAAGAUCUACUGGAGAUAGUUCUAGAGAAAGGAAUACAACUAGAUGCUGGAAUAUCAAGAGAGCAGAUAAAUGGAUAUGUGAAGAAGUAUCAGAAGAAAAAUAUGAAGGAGGAGGAGGACGAGGAGGACAGUGACUCAGAGGACAAGAAGGAAGAUCUCAAUGAGGAGGACAAGGAGAAAAUGGAGAUGGAUAAACGAUUGUGUGAAAACAUAGACGCGUAUAUGGAAGCGUUGAUGAUCUUCCUGAAGAGACAAACCUGUGUAGAGAAAAAUAAGGGAGAGAGUGGCGUGGAAGACGAAAAGGAGGGAGAGGAAGGCGUGGCAGACGAGAAGGAGGGAGAGAAAGGCGUGGCAGACGAUAAGGAGGGUACAGAGGGCGUCUUUGAAUAUGAUUAUUGUCCGGAGAAAAGUAAAGAAUUGGAGAAUAUUCUUCUAAAAAUCUUCCAAUCUCAUCUUCUCACAUCAGAUAGGAUCUGCCAUGCACAGUUCACCAUCUUCUUUCUAGCAAGCCGAAAUAUAAAGUUCGGGAAGGAAUUCUUAAAGACGUGUUGGGAUGUGUUCUGCAGCCCUAAUACUGCCAGCAUAAUAAGGCAAUCUGCGAUCUCCUAUCUUUCUGGGUUUGUGUGUCGGUCUAUGAAUGUGUCUGGGAAACUGACUAAAAAAUGGGUUUCGAAGAUAAUCGAAUGGAUCCACGAACGAAUGGGGGUUGCAUCUGCCCAUGAGUUGGAUUAUAUGGUUGUAAACCUAGGAGCGUAUGGACCACUCUUUUCUGCUUGUCAGGCUGUGUUCUACAUCAUUGCAUUCCGCUACGAGGAUCUUGUAGUCGAAGACGAUACCACCUUUCUGUCGUCCUUGAAAUUGACCAGCAUCAUCGCUCAUCCUCUCAACCCGCUCAGGGUAAUCACUCCGACCGUUCUAAAGGCGUUCUCUGCAGUUGUAAGUUUCUACCAGAUAGCCUACUGUAAAAGCAUCAUACACAGGAAUAAUAAAAUCACUCUUCCAAUGGUUGGUUUGUCCAGCUCUGGGUGUACUGCUCAGAGUAAAAAUCUGCUGUUGGAUAAAUAUUUCCCCUUUGAUCCAUACAAUCUACCCAAAUCCAGGGAUUAUAUAUCCCCAUACUAUAGACAAUAUAAGCCAUUGGAAGGAGUAGCAUAUGAAUCUGAAGAAUCUGAAGAGGAAGAAGAUGAAGACGAGGAGGAAGAUGAUGAUGGGGAGGACGAGGAUGAAAAGAUGAAUGAAUUGAGUAUGAUGUUGAACACUACACCUCGCCGAGAGCGAACAACAAGCCUUUCCUCAAACAAGAGAACACGAACAACAUCGUUUACAGAUGCUUUGGCAAGAGAGCUCAUGAAAGGAGUGUAGUAAGUGCGGGAAACCUAUUUUCAAGAGUUUUCUCUGUACAAUUAGCGUUAAAGUGAAAUUAACGUGACCUCUCAAUUUAAAAGUGCAAGGAGUUUUUUCCUGGACCAAAUUGCUCCAGAAAUUUUUCUUUGAAUUUUUCAGAUAAACAAGUUCAAUUAAAGUUCACUUAAAAUCACGUUUUUCAAAUCAAAUAUUAAAUUAGCAUUUUUGACCACUUAUUAAGAUCAGGUCAUCAAGAAAAAAA